AUGAAGCUCACGACAAGCGUCCUUUCAGGCCUCGCUCUGUGCGUUGCCAGUGUUGCCGCGCAGAACUUUGGAUCUCUGCCCACCUGUGCUCAAGGCUGCGCUACAAAUGCUAUUCCAGCUUCCUGCGGUCUAGACGUCACGUGCAUCUGCAGUACUUCCUCGUUCAUUACCUCCGUCUCCUGCUGCGUUGCUACUGCCUGUGACGCCGCCGACCAGCAGGCAACCAUCCAAUUCGCACAACAGCUCUGUGCCGGCGCAGGCAUCACCUCUCUCCCCAGCGCAGCUGGUUGUUCCGCCACGACAGGCGCCGCUACCUCCACUGCCGCAGGUUCUACUACUUCUAAGGCGAGCGCCGCUUCCACCGCCGUGACAUCCUCAAAGACAUCCGCAAAGACAUCCGCAAAGACAUCUGCUUCGGCCGUCGGCAGCAGCUCUGCGGUAUCCGCUAACCCCAGCACUACCGGUACUGGUUCUGCUUCGUCCUCUGCUUCAUCCACGAGCCAUUCGGGCGCUGCUACGCCUUUGGCGAAGAGUAACGGCGUCGCUGCGGUGGGUGCGGGUGCCGCGGCGCUUUUGGCUGCUAUUUUCGUGUAA